UCGUCAGCUCCGGCUCGUAUUUAGACUUGUUUCGGGUGCGUGGCUGCUGAGUUUGUCGUGUUUCUCGGCUCCGGUACAACCGGGACGCUGGCUUAGGACAAGACAGGACGGCAUGUUGUAUUGAUCCAGGUUGCUGUCAGUUGUGUGUGUCGGUUUGAAGGGGGGAUCUCACUCACUCACUAACACACACACACACGCCGAGGUGACGUCGACUGCGCUGCGUCCGGUUUGUGUGGUGGUUCCUGCGUAGCGGCGACAGACAAGAAAUCGCGUUGCUCUUCUUGAUGCUCGGUCGGAGUGAGUAGUAAAAAUGUGAGUAAGUGACAGUCGGAAAUGUUCGACAGGGCUGGAUGAGAGGGGAGGAAAUAAAAAAGAGGGGGAGGCACCUGUGAGACGGAGCAGGGCAGCCUACCGCGGUGUCAAGUUUGCGUUAAUCACGGCGCGGUACAGUUUCAGACAUAUUUGUCAAAGAAGAGAGAGGAGAGAGGAGUCAUCAUCGGAUCUGCUCCAGCCGCCGCUCAGAGCCAAAGUGAACUGUGACUGUCCCCUUCUUUGUCUCUCCGUGCACCUGCAUGUACCGUGGGCAGUCCUGGCCUGUCGGAGAGGCGCUGUGCUCAGAGACUGUGCUGCACUAGGUGAACCCCAUGGCUUCUGGCCCUCCAUCACCCUCUGUAGGCCGCAAGCUCAGGCUGGUGGAGUUGCUACUAGGGCCUCUGUUGGUCUUUCUGGUUUCUGGGCUGGGACCGGCACUGGGUCAGAAGGUCUACACCAACACAUGGGCUGUCCACAUACCUGGAGGUCAGGAGGAAGCUGAUCAAAUUGCUAGCAAACAUGGCUUUGUCAACUACGGACAUGUAUUUGGUGAUUAUUAUCACUUCCGGCAUCGUACACUGGUGAAGAGAUCGCUGUCAGAUCACAGGGGGACACAAGUCCGUCUACAAAAAGAUCCCAAGGUGACUUGGGCAGAGCAACAGGUGGUGAAACGGAGGAAAAAGAGGGACACCUUCGUAGAACCUUUAGAUCCCAAAUUCAGAGAUCAGUGGUACCUGUACAACGGCAACCACCGUGACUUGAAUGCCAAAGCUGCUUGGCAGUUGGGCUACACAGGUAAAGGGGUGGUGGUGUCCAUCCUGGAUGAUGGAAUAGAGAAGAACCAUCCUGACCUGAUGCAGAACUAUGACCCGGAUGCCAGCUACGAUGUGAAUGAUGGCGAUCCAGAUCCUCAGCCCAGAUACACGCAGCUUAAUGACAACAGGCAUGGAACACGAUGUGCAGGAGAAGUGGCAGCCGUAGCCAACAAUGGGAUCUGUGGAGUUGGUGUGGCUUACAAUGCCAAGAUCGGAGGUGUGCGUAUGCUGGAUGGCGAGGUGACUGACAUGGUGGAGGCCCAGUCUCUCAGUCUGAAUCCCCAACACAUUGACAUCUACAGUGCCAGCUGGGGCCCGGAGGAUGACGGCAAAACUGUCGAUGGACCUGCCAAACUCGCCAAAGAGGCCUUUCUGCGCGGAGUUACAGAGGGUCGUGGCGGUUUGGGCUCCAUCUUUGUGUGGGCUUCUGGGAACGGUGGGAGGGAGAAGGACAGCUGUAACUGCGACGGCUACACCAACAGCAUCUACACCCUGUCCAUCAGCAGCUCCACCCAGAACGGCAACGUCCCCUGGUACAGCGAGGCUUGCUCGUCCACCCUCGCCACCACCUACAGCUCGGGGAACCUCAACGAGAAACAGAUAGUGACUACAGACCUCAAAUCUAAAUGCACAGACUCCCACACAGGCACCUCUGCCUCCGCCCCACUGGCUGCUGGGAUCAUCGCUCUUGCCCUUGAGGCCAAUAAAAACCUGACCUGGAGGGACAUGCAACAUCUGGUUGUACGAACUUCUCACCCUGCCCACUUGCUCACCAAUGACUGGAGAACCAAUGGGGUCGGACGUAAAGUUAGCCAUUCAUACGGAUAUGGGCUACUUGAUGCCAGUGAAAUUGUAUCGCUGGCAAAGACAUGGACCAGUGUGGGGCCACAGCGGAAAUGUGUGAUCAGCAUGGUCUGCGAGCCGAAGAACAUUGGCAGCCAUUUAUCGAUUAACAAGAGUGUGGACGCCUGCUUUGGCACAGACACUCACGUGACCUCAUUAGAGCACGUCCAAGCCCGGCUCACCUUGUCCUACAACCGGAGGGGAAACCUGGCUAUCCACCUCAUUAGUCCUGCCGGCACACGCUCCACACUACUCCACCCCAGGCCUCAUGACUACUCAUCAGAGGGUUUUAAUGACUGGGCUUUCAUGACCACCCACUCCUGGGAUGAGAACCCCACCGGGGCGUGGACUCUGGAGAUUGAGAAUGUGGCUGGCGCCAGUGACUAUGGCACUCUGACCCAGUUCAUUCUGGUGCUAUAUGGUACCAGCUCAGCAUCUCCCAGCUCCUCUGAGAAGUCUCAGCCUGGAAAUGGCAGCUGUAAGACCUUGGACCUGAGGCAGAUAUGCAUCGAGUGCAACACCGGCUACUACCUCUUCCAGCAAGGCUGUGUGAAAGAAUGUCCAGCAGGCUUCUCUGUGGGCUCCCAGCCCCUCAACUACACAGUGGGAAACUUUAUAACACCAUCUUCCGUCCCAGCCUGCCUGCCCUGCCCACCUCCCUGCCUGACCUGCAGCAGCCUCAGCCCUCAGGCCUGCCUGUCCUGCCUCCCACACAGCUCCCUGGAUCCCAUCUCCGGCACCUGCCUGCACCUCAACCAGUACAUGCGCGAGUCCCCUGGCAGCUUCAUGGUGGGCCAGGGUGACCCGGGAUCACAGGUCCACCUCAGCUCCCGGCUGCCCAUCACCAUCGCCGUGCUCAGCUGCAUGGCCAUCAUUGCCACCUUCGCUGGCAUCUUCCUGCUGCUGCAGCUGCGCUCAGGCGCGCUCAUCAAGCUGCCGUCUCUGGAAGCUGGCGGUGGCCUCGGGGGCAGCUUCAGCCUGGGGGGAAAUAGGGUGGUUUCGUACCGUGGCAUCCCGACAGUGUGGGGGGAUGAAGGGGUAAAUACAGACUCCGAAAACGAAGAGUUUGACGUCCAAAAUGAGAGGACUGCCUUUAUCAAAACACAAAGUGCUCUUUAAUGCUUCCCCCUCAUCCCUCUCUCUCUCUCCUGCUUUUAAAGUCCUCUCACCACCAUUAGUCUGAUAAUUCAGGGCUGUGGUAACUGUCCUUUCCCAGUCCUCUCUGGUUUUAUCUCUCACCCCUUUUUUUUCUGUCUCUGUCUUACCAGCUUCUCAUCUGAAUCUUGCUUCAGGAUCAUGUCUUCCACUCCACUGUGGGAGACCUGAUGGGAAGCUGCUGUCUCUCAGAGCUCGGGAUGGCCCGAGUUUUGCUCUGUUCACACUCGGGCGCAUUUCUAUUAAACUGGCUCUCUCCCUCCUCUUGCCCUCAAUCACUAACAGUGUCUGUCUGUGCAGAGUCCAUUUUCCCCUCCAGCUCCAGCU